AUGGAAAGAGAAGAAGCAUCGCAAGAUCCAUCCAAGAAAGCCAGAAGCCUCCGCGAUCUGGUCUUCACUCGCCAAUUCACCACCUUUGACCGACAGAACCCUCUGAGCGCAGAGUCGCCCUUCCAUGGCUUCUUUACCUUGUUCUGGUUGGCCAUGGUCCUCAUGUUCCUCAAGGUCUCGGCAUACAAUUGGAAAGAGCAUGGGAGCAUAUUUGGCGGGAACGAGGUCUUUAAGAUCAUGUUCGGUCACGACGUCCUGGUCUUGGGUGUCACCGAUGCUGUCAUGGUCUUUUCGUCGGCGUUAGGCUUCUUGCUGCAGAAGGCCAUUGUCAAAAACUACAUCAGCUGGAAUCGGUCAGGAUGGAUCAUUCAGAACGUCUGGCAGACCUUCUUCCUAGGAUCUGUCGUUUGGUGGAUGUUUUACCGCGAGUGGCCUUGGUCUCAUACCAUCUUCAUGGUUCUCCAUACUAUGGUCUUCCUCAUGAAGCAACAUAGUUAUGGCUUCUACAAUGGACACCUCUCAGUUCUCUACAGGCGGCGCAACAUGUUGAGAGAGAAGUUGCGCGACCUCCGCGAUACGAAGCCUAUCGGAUCUGUACCAACUAGUCCUCAGUCUAUCAGUCCCGCAGUGACUAGUGCCCUGGAGAGAGUGGAUUCGAAUGACAAGAAACGUCGUCCGGUGGCUACCCGCACCUCGACUAAUCUCGACAACGAGACUUCAGAUGUGGCUAGUGUUGCAACCGCUAUGGAAUCCGGUCAACCUCUGACCCAAGAUCAAAUGCAGGCCUUCCAGCGCAUUAUCGAGGAAGAGAUCACUGCCUUGGAUAAGGACCUCAAAGGCAAGGCGCAAUCUGACGAGAAGGCCUACCCAAACAACUUGACAUCUACCAAUUUUGCCGACUGGACCAUUCUCCCGACAUUGGUGUACGAACUCGAAUACCCCCGACAGGAGCGUAUCAACUGGUGGUAUGUACUUGAAAAGUCCAUGGCCACAUUUGGAACCAUGUGUGUGAUGCAAGUCAUCUCUCAAGCAUAUAUUUACCCUCCAGUGGCCGAGACGGUCCGCAUGAAGGAAGCGGGCAUGUCUUUGGAAGAAAGAGCAAAGCAAAUGCCAUGGAUUGUGAGCGACAUGCUUUUCCCCCUUUUGCUGGAACAGCUGCUGUCGUGGUAUGUCAUCUGGGAAUGUGUACUCAACGUGCUGGCCGAGCUCACCUGUUUCGCGGAUCGAGGCUUUUAUGGCGACUGGUGGAACAGCGUAUCCUGGGACCAGUAUGCAAGAGACUGGAACAGGCCUGUGCACAACUUCCUGCUGAGGCAUGUCUACCACUCUUCCAUCUCAGCCUUCCAUCUUUCCAAGGGAACAGCGACUUUUGUCACCUUCCUACUAUCCGCACUGGUGCACGAGUUGGUCAUGGCUUGUCUCUUCAAGAAGGUUCGAGGCUAUCUCUUCACGAUGCAGUUGUUGCAGAUGCCUCUGGUGAUGCUUAGCCGAACCAAGCUUCUCAAGGGUCGAGACUUACUAGGCAACGUAGUGUUUUGGAUUGGGCUGUUUGUUGGCCCAAGUGUGCUCACCAGCUUCUACCUCUUGAUUUGA